UGGGGCCGCCGGGGGCGUGGUCUCCGGGCUCCCUGAGCGCGGCGCUGACGGGGGCGGCCGGACGUGACGCGCGGGGGCGGGGUUCCGCCGUGCAGCGGCGCGAGCAGAGCUGAGGCCGCGGCGGUGCCAUGGCCGAGCCGGACGCGGCCGCCGGCGAGAACGGCGUGGGCGGCAGAGCGGUCCGCGUGGGCACCCGCCGGAGCCAGCUGGCCCGGAUCCAGACUGACAGCGUAGUCGAGAUGCUCCGUGAGCUAUACCCCGAUCUCCGCUUUGAGAUUGUUGCCAUGUCAACAACAGGAGACAAGAUCUUGGAUACAGCACUUUCCAAGAUCGGGGAGAAGAGCCUCUUCACCAAAGAGCUGGAAAACGCACUUGAAAGAAAUGAAGUUGAUCUCGUGGUUCACUCCUUGAAGGAUCUGCCGACUUCUCUUCCUCCCGGCUUUACCAUCGGCGCUGUCUGCAAAAGGGAAAACCCACUUGACGCUGUUGUCUUUCAUCCCAAAAACUGUGGGAAAACACUGAGCCUUCUUCCUGAAAAGAGUGUGAUUGGAACCAGUUCGCUUCGGAGAGCAGCCCAGCUCAAAAAGAAGUUCCCUCAGUUAGAAUUCAGGGAUAUUAGAGGGAAUUUGAAUACCCGCUUAAAGAAGCUAGAUGAGAAGGAAGACUUCAGUGCCAUCAUCCUGGCUGCUGCUGGGCUGAAGAGAAUGGGCUGGGAGAAUCGCAUCGGCCAGCUCCUAAGCCCUGAGGACUGUCUGUACGCUGUUGGACAGGGUGCCUUAGCAGUGGAAGUUCGCGCCAAAGACCAAGAGAUACUGAAUAUGGUCUCUGCCCUGCAUGAUGCAGACACCGUGUUAUGCUGCAUUGCUGAGAGAGCCUUUAUGAAACGUUUGGAGGGUGGAUGUAGCGUCCCUGUCGCCGUCAACACCACGCUGAAAGAUGGCCAGCUGUAUUUGACCGGAGCAGUCUACAGUUUGGAUGGAUCAGAUAGCUUGAAGGAGACCAUGCAGACCAGCGUUAAUUAUCCCCAGCAGACUGAAGAUGGACCGAACGAUGAUGCGCAGCACGUUGGCAUCACGGCCAAGAACGUCCCUGCUCAGGCCCAGGAAGCUGCAGAGAACCUUGGUGUGCAACUAGCUAGUCUCCUCCUGAGCAAGGGAGCUAAGCAUAUCCUCAGCGUGGCGAGGCAGCUCAACGAUGCCCGCUGAGCCUGUGCGGGGCUCGGCACAAUCGCUACAACUCGAGCGAGCCGUCGCAGCUGCGCUGUCAUCCUCCUUCGGAGGAAGGGAUUUAUUUAAAUGUUGGCACUGGUCUUAUCUGAUGUUUGGGUGCAAAAACUUGAAAUUCGAGGCUGACUCACUCGAGUAGUUUAUGCUGUUCAGGGUUUUCAUGCCUCUGCAUUUCUCUAAAUUGCAAAGCGGCUCUUCAAAGUUUUUUUUUUUUUAAUAAUUUUUGUAGCUAGGAAGGUUAAAAAAUAAUCUUUAAGCAUUCUCCUGUUCCAUUUAGGAACAAGCACUUGUUACAGAUUAUAAUCGCACUCAACUGAGGUGGUGCUAAAGCGCUGUACUGUGCUGACAGUACUAAAGUAUUUUCUGCAGUCAUUAAUAUUAUUUGGGAAUAAGAGAAAGAAGUCUAAGAGGAGGAUGUUAAUAGGCCCUUAAUACCAGGUUCCUUGUGGUAAAGCAGCACAGGUGCCACAUCCGCCAUAGGCCUUGAUUAAGGCAAGACAUUAAUUUUUCAGUUACCAGGUGCAGAGAGGCUGGUGACAACUUAGGAGCUCAGUGGGCAGCCAGCCCCAUUUCCCUUGCACCCUUGCCUAAAAGGGUCGAUUGGAGACUCAUCUGCACCAGCCAUCAGGGAGCUGAAGAGGAAGCCUAAAUUUGGGCUACUGUGCCUUUCUGCAAGCGUUAGCCCUCUUACUGCGGCUCCUUGCACUCACUCCGGGGCUGCUGUUCUCAGCAGGCCUCGGGCAUCACAGUGCCUUGUAGAAACACUGAAAGGGCACCUUACUGGGGUGCGGGGUUGCAAACGAAGCGUCAUUUAUUCUCUAUGCAAAGUCUGCCGGAUGUAACAUGAUAAAACACAAGAGAUGAUAAGCA